CAACAUGUUGCUUUGUUUUAUUUUCCAAUCAGGCGUUAUGAAAGGUACCCUCUUUUCCUCCAGCGCCUGACAACUUACUGCAGCUGUUGAGUUGGCAUUUCGCUCGUGGCUGCCAGACUCUGCGAAGCGAGGCGAGCAGACGGAGGACCUCUGUCUUCAUGCAUACAAACUUUUGAAGAGGCUCAACUUUUAAUCCAGAACAAACAAAGGAAAUGACAUUCAGAAAAGUAAAUAUUUUCAUCCUAGUACUUGUCGUUGUUAUAUUUUUGCUAGUGUUGCAUCACAACAUACUAGGUCUAAGUGACCUCUUGAAAGGCGAAUUUUCAGAUUCAAGUCCAUUAGGAUUCCAACCAAUAGAUUUUAUACCCGAGGCUCCUCAAAGAUUGACAGAAGGUCCAAAUGACAAGGAAAUUCCUGUGGUCAUUACAGCAUCUGAGGACAGGCUCGGUGGUGUCAUUGCAGCCAUAAACAGUAUUCAGCAAAACACCAAGUCCAAUGUGGCAUUCCAUAUUGUCACUCUGAAUGACACAGUGGACCACUUGAGAUCAUGGCUUAGUAAAACUAGUCUGAAAAACGUGAAAUACCAGAUUUUUGAUUUUGACCCUCAUAUGCUGCAUGGAAAAGUGCAGGUUGACUCAGAAAUGCCAGACUCCAUAAAACCUCUAACCUUUGCAAGGUUCUAUCUGCCUAAUUGGGUCCCUAAUGCAGAAAAGGCCAUUUAUUUGGAUGAUGAUGUGAUUAUGCAAGAUGAUAUCCUUGAACUUUACAAUACCCCACUGCAACAAGGCCACGCAGCUGCAUUCUCGGAUGACUGUGACUCUACCUCAAAUAAGUUUGCAGUCCGUGGAGCUGGAAACCAGUAUAAUUACAUUGGAUUUCUUGAUUAUAAAAAAGAAACAGUUCGGAAGCUGUCCAUGAAAGCAAGCACCUGUUCUUUCAAUCCGGGUGUCUUUGUUGCAAAUCUAACUGAAUGGAAACUUCAGAACAUCACUAAGCAGUUGGAGAAAUGGAUGGCACUUAAUGUUGUAGAGGAAAUCUAUAGUAGGACUCUCGCAGGCAGCAUCACUACACCCCCUCUGCUCAUUGUAUUUUACAAGCGGCAUUCAAACAUUGAUCCUAUGUGGAACGUGCGCCAUCUUGGUUCAAGUGCUGGGAAAAGAUACUCACCACAGUUUGUGAAAGCCGCCAAACUACUCCAUUGGAAUGGGCAUUUCAAACCCUGGGGAAGGACAGCAUCUUAUGCAGAUGUUUGGGAAAAAUGGUACAUUCCUGAUCCUAGUGGCAAAUUCAACUUGAUUCGGAGGCAUACUGAUAUCUAUGAGGCAAAAUAAGAUGGAGUUGACAUCUGUAUUUUUUCUCAGGAAACUUAUGAGACCCUGGAGUGAAGACAAUAACGAUACGGCCACCUAGUUUAUAUUGAAAUGGAGAAACACAGAAUUGUACUUGAAAUUGCAUACUUGGAGACAAGGGAGUUUCACGUCUUCCAAGUGUGACAAGCAGAAUACAUCCAUAAGCUAGCAUUUUGUACUAAACAGACUGUUCAAGACUGACGUUCUAGGGAUAAGAUGUUACAAAAGAAACUUGACCCAGCAAUUACACUACAGCAACUUAGGCUGCAAUCCCGUACACACUUAUCUGGCAGUAGGACCCAUUGAACUCAGCAGGACUUACUUCCAACAGUAUACGUAGGAUUGUACUGUUAAUAUGCUAACAAGCUGCUGCCACUUUUUCUUUUUGCGUAACUGAUGAAUAAGAGCUUUUACAGUGGUGGACAAAAUUGUGGACAGUUUUUGAAAUGUUCAUGUUUUGCAGUUUUGCAUGCUUAUAGAAAAUGUUCUGUUUCAUAAAAUUGAAAUGGUUAUACCGUAUUUCUUCGAUUCUAAGACGCACCUUUUCCCCUAAAUAAACAGCUCUAAAAAUGGGGUGCGCCUUAGAAUCGAUGGCGUCUUAGAAUCGAAGAAAUACGGUAUAUCAAUUGAAAGAGACUUUAAUGCUGAAUUCAAUACAAAAAUCAGUGCAAAUAUCUGCAGUACAAAAAAGUUAUGCUUACUUUAGUCUAAAAAAAAAGGUGUGAUUGAGUGAAGAAGCAGAUUGAAAUUGCAAACCCUACAGGCCAAUCACAGUCCUUGUUCUGGGGACCAAUCACAUGGCAGUAGCUGCGAUACAUCAUGUUUCAAGUUGGGGAAAGUCAGUUUUGCUGUUUGUUCUGUAACUGAAGCUUAAUUGGAUUGUGUGAAUAUUUGAAGUAUUUCUCAAAUUAAAAGUGUUUUUAUGUAGCGUCCACAGUUUUGGCCACCACUGUAUGUUAAACCUUUUCUAUUGCUUGAAAACCUAUUCAAAUUCUUAUAGCUAUUUGUUCGGUGGAUUUAAUCUGUAUUUCAAAAAAACUAGCUCUCUAGUAAUUUUUUUUAUUUUAAUAAUUUACCCAUCAACACUAAGCAAUUUUCUUUAAAAAUUGUGGAAGAAACCACUAAAAUGUAUUAUUAGUUUGUUGUGUUCAGACCAAUCUGUACUUGGCAAUUUCUUGAAUAUUUGUGUUUCACAAUAUAGUCUUCCUAAUAAAUGAAUUUUGGUGCUUA